AUGUCCAUGUCGCUAAUCAUCACCGACCAGCCGUUCAAGAGCGAGUUUGUGAAUAGAUUUCCUCAUGAGUUCAGCCCGAGGAGGUCCCUCGUCAAAUCACAAUCUUCUCCCAACACCCGGAGGCAUACCCCAACACUGGAGAGCUCGCUGCAGGUCAGCGACCUUUCAGCCCACGAGAAGAUGACCACUCCUCAUGCUCAUCGAGGUCUCCCUCCGAUGACACUGCCAGACCUGAAUCGACCCGGUCCAACAUCUCUGAGUCAACCUUUGGGAGCUAUGCCCGCACCUCCCUCCCAAUGGCAGGGCCAAGAAGAUUCCAUGCGAAACUGGUUGCUGGCAAAGGCCGAGGAAGACAAGCGAAAACAGGAAGAGGAGCGGACGAGGCAAGAAAGCUUGAAGCUUGAGCAACGAAAAAUCGAGCAGUCCAUGUUGCGCGAAUCCUUGCAGGGCGGCAUUCCACCUACGAUGGUUCCAUUGAUUUAUGCGGGAAUCGGAGGAGGAAACCUAGCGAAUGUCAGUGUGGAUUGGCUGCAGCAGUAUACCGGGCAAUUGCAACUGGCACAUCAGCAACAAGUCCAGCAAGCUUCGCCUGACAUGCACAGAGGGGAGGGGAGACUCAUCGGACCUCCCACGCAUCCUGGUCCAUCUGUUUAUCCCGCAGCGCAGCCCACCCCACAGCAGGUGCUGCAAAGUCACAUGCCCGAGCAGCAACCCCCGCCACCUCCAGGUCCCAUCCAGACAACGUUCUCUGCGUAUCAACCAACUCCACUCCGCCAACCACCAACCUCGGAUCCACGAUCGGCGACACGCACACAACUGCCAAGGCUUACCACGAACGAAAUGUACGUCCACCAGCCGCCACAACCCGUUGCGGCCAGCGUGCACCCACUUCAGCAAAGCCAGACGGUCCAGCAGCAGGCACAGCAAGCGACAUCCUCGCCCUCAAUCUAUUUUCACCACUGGGUACCACCCAACGAAGCGAGGAAUAACCCUCAACCUCAAACACCCGCGAGCAAAGCAGAGUCACAGCAUUCAGCACACCCGAGCUCCUCCAAUCAUGGAGAAAGCGAGCACCGGGAAUCACCCCGAAAGCGUAAAGCGCAAGGUGGACAUCAGGCAAACCCGCCGCCCUCGGCCGGACCGCAGUACACCUCGCCCUCCUUCUCCACGACCAGCUCGGCAUCCUAUCGAAAGGGCGGUCAGCGAUCACGAGCGUUCAGUAACGUGUCAGCCGCCGGACGAGAAUCGGAUAGUAGACACGGCAGCCGACCGCCGAGCAGCCAUCGACGGGAUGAAGUUCCAACGGCGAGGUCUUCKCAGCUUUCUGACCAGGGCCCGGUAAAUCAUCAGGUCAGCCGUGAUGGUGCGGAGGAUCAGCGGCAGGAAGAGGUCUUGCCGGAGGUAAAGCCACCGAGACCUGCUUCGUCUGAUGGCAGGGAGUCCAGGGAGUAUACUGAGCAACCGCAGACCGCGUCCAGCUGA